UAUUUAGUACCUUUACAGUUUUAGUAUCAAAAUGUGAGCCUUAACAUGUAACACUAUGGGUUGCUGUCAGUCUGCAAAUAGAGACAAAGACAAACUUCUUCCAGACUUGGAAAUCCAUGGUUUAAAAGCAAAUCUAUCUGAGGAAGACUCAUCUAUCAUUGUUUCAUGGAAACCAGUGCGUGGCAUUUCUGCAGACGUGUUUACACAAAUUUUCAAAAAUGGACUGGAGUUAGAAGAACGGGAAUGUAUUGGGAAUUUUUUCGAGUACAAAUCUACAGAACCUUCAUCAAGUUAUCAGUUCAAAGUUUGGAUUGAAAAUGAAGAUUUUAAUACAAAACCAUCCUUGUCUAAUAUUGUGUACACUCGACCCGAUAAGCUGAAAAAUCUCAAAGCAACGGUUUAUGGAGACCAAAUUAACGUGACAUGGGACACACCAGAAAGGCAAUUUGAAAAAUAUAAGAUAGAAGUGUUCAUGUACAAAAAGUUGAUAUUACUUAAGAGAUUAAACAGAAAUGCGUUCUGUGUACGCCACUGCAAACUUUCUAAACCUUAUCGCAUCGAGGUUAAAGUAAAGGACAAAAAUGGAAUAUACAGCAAACCAGUGGAAACAGAAGUUGCAUUGCCUCCUCCUCCGGUACGUUAUUUGAAAAUCAGAGCUGUUGGUUCCGGCUUCAAGGUCGAGUGGAAACAAUCUAAAGCUAUAAAUAGUUGUGAUGUGAAAGUUUAUAGAGAAAAUAAAUUGAAGUGUGAAUGUAACAAUAUCACUUGCCAAGAAUUUACAUUGAGACAAUGCAGACCAUCAUCAAGAUAUACUGUUAAAGUUUCACCGAAGAAUUUAUUCAACUUAGUUGGAUCUGCAGCAGAAGGAACUUUUUACUCAGAUAUUUCUCCGAUUAAAGAACUGCGCACUGAGGAAGAAAAUGGGCAGAUCCAUCUUAGAUGGAACAAACCAGAAGAGAAUAAUUUAGAAUACAAAGUGAAACUCAGUAAACAAGGUUUUUUUCGCAGAGUGUAUCUUCAAACUUUCACAGUCUUCAACAAAAAUGAAGUUUCAUUCAGUGUCCCGGAGGCAAGAGAGGGAAAGAAAUACGAUUUUGAGAUAAAAGUGAAAAAUUCAUACGGCAUUGAAGGGAGAACCAGAAAAGUUUCACACAUAUUCAGUGGAUUGGUCAAAAUUAGGAUGCAUAUUCUUGUAAAGGCUGAUCAUGAUAUCACAGUUAUUUACGGCUCAGAAGAAAAUAGUUUGAAAGCCGAUGUUGAAGAGUGGAAAGAAAACGGUUACAAGUCCGCUCAUCCCAAACCAAUGUCUGUGGUUCUUCACAGCACAAAGAAAUACAAGAACAACAUUCGUUGCAAAGAGAAUACCGUGCAAAUUUUCCCGGCGGAAGGCCAUGAAAUGGAACAACAAUGCAUGCUCGGUGCCCAAGCGGUGUCACUGAAUUACUGCGUUGAAGCGCGCCACAGUGGAAAGUACACUCUCGAAUUCAAGCUAGAAGAACAUGGACAAGCAAGCAGGACUUUGAGAACGGAUCCAUUUAUCAUUAAUACAGGUGCACAGCUGCAACCUACUACUGUGAACCAUAUUGGGCAUCUGCAUGCAGCUCUAUGUAACCUUGGUGAAAAUGGAGGAAGAGUUACUCUCAACAAUGGUGCAAAUAUCAAUGUGAAUCCGGAUCAAGUUCAAAACCAUCUUUCAGUUAAAGCAGGACAUGUGAGUGCUCAUGUGGUCCCUAGAGCAUUGAAAGGUGAAAGUUCUGGCUCCUCGAACGCUGCAUUCGAAUAAGAAGACAACGACACUGCUAGACUUUAUUGCAUUGAAGAGUUAAUAUGGUUUUGAUAUUUUUUCGGAAGAUGGAAACUUUUUAUUUCUAAAGGGGGACAGUGGUCCGGUGCAGUUAUUCUCAAACUUUUUUGAUCUCUAGCGACCCCUCAACACUUCGAAAAAUGCCAAUUGUAUUUCAUCAAUUAUUUUGUGCCCUUAACCAUGUUUAAUAGGAAUAAAGCCAACAGACAAAAGCAAAAAGAUAAUUGAAUCAGAGAUAAAAAAUUUUAUCAAAUCACAGUCAAUGCUAAUGGUACCUCGUGCUUGCCAGAGAUCUGCUUGGUGGCCACCUAAUGGGGCCCAAGGGCCAGACCUGGGUCUACUGGUUGAGAAAAUGCACAAUGAGAAGCUUUUUACUUAAUGUAGAGCUUUAGUAAAUUGUUUUCCAAAUAUAUUUGUAGCCCUAAUAUACAGUGGUUUCUUGUUGGCUGAGAAAACACCUCAAAAAUAAGAGUUUUAAAAUGAUGAGAGAUAUUUAUUUUGAGACUAUGGAAUUUAAAUCCAAGCUGUGCAACCUGUGACGCCAACGUUGUCUAACACAUCGGUUUGCAAUCAGUGGGCCAUGGGCCACAAUAUGUUUGUUAUUCAUGAAUAGGUUCAAUUUUAUUGUAGUAGUAAUGAAUGAUAAUAAAGUGAUGUGUCUAUUUUUAUAAAAAAAAUUGUUUAUUUUUUUUUAAUUCUUCCCUUGUAUAAAAAAGUUGAUGUUCUACAGAAUUUUUCUGCAAGUAAAAUGUGCCACGAAUUAAUAAAGAUUGGGAACCACUGGUCUAACACUUUAACACCUCAAUACUUUUCUCUGAGUAGUAAUAAUACGUAAAAUGUUGCAGUAUAAAAAGCUUCUAUAAAUUUCGCAUUUAACAACCCUCGUUUCUGAACAUGAGCUCAAGUUUUCAUAUUGUGCCUGGUAAUUCCACACAGCAUAACUUUGCUUCGUUUGCACUGAUUGCUGGGUUCUCCCGUAGUGUAUGUACCAGGUCAGGGUUAGGCCAUACUUUCAUUCGAAUUUUCUUUUUUUUAGUUCUACUAAAAGUUCGGGGACUGUCUG